AUGUUGAAAUUUGCUGUUGGUCUAUGGGCUAUCGAUUUGUAUGGUACAAAAUAUAAUGAUGUGACCAAAUUUCGUGAAAAUGCUCCAAGUUCAUCUGUAUGUCGUAUAUCAUGUAAACAACGAGAUUCUUCAAUACGAUUACAAGAUGGUAAAACAUCUUCAAGAGUAAUUAUUGCAACACCUGGAAGUUCAGCAACUUUACAACCAAAUAGUAAACAUCGUGAGACAACAUUUGGUAUCGAUGAAGAUUGUUGGCGAUCAAGUAGUACUGCUAUGCUUACAAAUGGAAAGACGCAAUUAGCUAGUGGAUCAUCGUCGUCCACUACAACAGCUUCAGCUGCGACAACUGUUCAUCGUUUAAGUGGCGGUAAUGGUCAUCAAAGUAUAUGUCGUAAGAGUACAAAUAGUACAUCAAAUACAUCUGUUUCAAAUGGUUUUACUAGUGGUUCAACUGUAAAUCGAUUUGUUCCAAAUGGUUCUAUUACUGGAUCACCACUUCGUGGUUAUUCACCCCGUACUGUAUCAAAUGGUAAAUUACAAAAUGGUAAUAAUGGAUCACCACGAUCAUCUCUUGCUAGUUAUUCAUCGUACGGUUCAGUAGUAAAUCAAACUAACGGGUACAGUCCAACAUAUAUCAGGCGAUCACCUCGUCAGUCAUCAUCACCAAUCAGUGAAGAUUGCUUAGUGGUAAUUCGUAUGCGUGCAGAUGCUCAAGGACGAUAUGGUUUUAAUGUAAAAGGUGGUGCUGAUCAAAAUUAUCCAGUUAUUGUAAGUCGAGUUGCACCUGGUAGUUCUGCUGAUAAAUGUAAUCCUAGGCUAAAUGAAGGUGAUCAGGUUUUGUUAAUUAAUGGUAUGGAUGUAUCUUCGAUGCCACAUGAAAAAGUUGUACGAUUCAUACGUUCUACACGUGAUUCACCGAAAGGAGAAUUGGUACUUACAAUUAGGCCAAAUGUUUAUCGAUGUGGUGAAGAUGUCGAGGAAUCAGAUGCACAGCAUUUACCUGAAGUAAUUCAUGUAGCUGAUACAGUACCACGUUCUGAUAAGUUAUCACAAUCCCUUAUUAUGCUCAGAGAAUCUCUUUCAUCUGGAAAAAUUAUCACACAGUUUGAGCAAUUGUAUCGAAAGAAGCCAGAUUUAGCAAUGGAAGAUUGUAAGCUAUCAUUGAAUGUUAAUAAAAAUCGUUAUCGAGAUGUAUGUCCAUAUGAUAAUACUCGAGUGAAGAUAAGUUCACCUUCUGGUGAUUACAUCAAUGCAUCCUUUGUCAAUAUGGAAAUUCCCUCUAGUGGUAUUGUAAAUCGAUAUAUAGCAGCUCAGGGACCACUUGCACAUACAUCCGGUGAUUUUUGGUAUAUGGUAUGGGAACAAUUAUGUACAACAAUCAUCAUGCUAACUACUACAAUCGAACGAGGUCGUAUUAAAUGCCAUCAAUAUUGGCCUAAACUUUAUGAGAAUCAUGAUUAUGGCCGAUUACAAAUUUCCUGUAUCAGUGAACGAGAAACUAUUAAUUGUAUUUAUCGUGAAAUAUCAAUUCGAGAUAUGAUGACAAAGGAAGAGAGACGGGUAAGCCAAAUGCAAUAUACAGCAUGGCCUGAUCAUGGUGUACCAGAUGAUCCGAAACAUUUUAUCGAUUUUGUUGAUGAGGUUCGACGUGCACGAGCAGGUUCAGUAGAUCCAAUUAUUGUACACUGUAGUGCAGGAAUUGGACGAACCGGUGUGCUAAUUCUAAUGGAAACAGCUGCUUGUCUGGUAGAAGCUAAUGAACCGGUUUAUCCUUUAGAUAUUGUUAGGACAAUGCGUGACCAACGGGCUAUGCUCAUACAAACACCGGGUCAAUAUACAUUUGUAUGCGAGUGCAUUUUGCGCGCUUAUCACGAUGGUCUGAUCAAGCCAUUAGCAGAGUACUGCAUGCGAUCUUCCUAAUGGUACCGGAUUAACAAUAUUACUAUUAUUAUUACUACUAUUACUAUUACUAUUACUAUUACUAU